CUGUGUCCCUCGGACACAGCUAUCACCGAUCACGGAAAGAGCCAAAGAGGUCGGCUCGGAGAGCCAGUAAUGCGACAUGUACACUGAUCAUCAGGGCACUGAUGAUCAGUGUGCCCUGAUGAUCAGUGUAGCCCCAGCAGUGCCAGCUGUCAGUGUCCAUCAGUGCUACAUCAAUGCCACAUAUCAGUGCCUACCAGUGCACAUCAAUGCCACAUAUCAGUGCCCACCUGAGCUGCCUUUCAGUGUCACCCAUCAGUGCCAGUCAGUGCCACCUAUCAGUGCUGCCAAUCAGUGCCACCUAUUAGUGCCAGUCAGUGCUGCCUAUCAGUGCCAUGUAUCAGUGCUGCCUUUCAGGGCCCAUCAGUGAUGCCUGUCAAUGCCCAUCAGUGCUGCCAAUCAGUGCCACCUAUCAGUGCCAGUCAGUGCCGCCUAUCAGUGCAUAUCAGUGCCGCCUAUCAG